GGCAAAUCUCCCCCUCCAGUCUCCCUACCGUACCGUACCUGAUUGUCGUUGUCACAUAUCACAAUGGGCCAAGACGACAGAAGUCCUAGUACGAGCGCCGCACCGGAGACGGAGGCUGAGCUGGAGGCAUUCCGACAGAAGUGGCGAGAAGAAGUCUCGGCGAGAAACAAGCAGGCAUCGGCGGGACCUUCAGCAUCACGCGCUGGCCCUGUCGAUGCGAGCAAGUCAAGAGCCAAAGAGUCGGGGUCUUCUGCAGCACCGAUAGAGUCUUUUUCAGCCCAUCGCAAUGAGCGAUUUCAUGAAGUUUUGGACCCGAAGGCCUAUCACGAUCUGCCAGACAAAGAAGAGCAGCUCAAGCUGGGAGCUGAUGGACAGGAGCUCGACCGAAGUGUAGUCGAAGAACCUAGUUCAGCACUCGAGCACUACGAGCGUGCUGUAGAGAAAGAAAGCCAGGGUAAUCUGAGCGAAAGCAUGAGACAUUACAGGAAAGCCUUUAAACUUGAUGAUGGUGUUCACGAGGCCUACAAGCGGAAACACUUUCCGCCUUCCAUGUUCCAGAAGCCCAAAGCACCGAAUCCCAACCCUUCAAAUGCUUCGGCAACAGUACCUCGGACCGACCAUCACUCCCUGCAUGGCAGAUCCGGCGAAGGUCUUCCAGCGACACUCAAGCAGCUCGUGGAACAGUUCUCGGCUUUGCGCAUCGAGCCGCCAGAACCAAAGUCAAGUCUAUCGCCGCCUGAAAGAUGCCCAAUUGCGGACUUGCCAGAGGAACUUCUCACGCAUAUUCUUACUGACCUCGGAGUGGAUCAUGUCUCUGCUCUGGGACAGGUAGCACAAGUCUGCAAACGCUUGGCGUAUCUCAUUCUGACAGAAGACUCCAUCUGGAAGCGCGUGGCAAUGGACUCGCCCUAUGGCUUUCCUGCAAUGCACUAUGACUUUGCCGUCGAGAUUGAUGGGUCGCCUAUCGACACUAGCGACGCCAUAGAUGCCUACAUUCGCCAAAGCUACAGCGCAGAACACGAAGAGGAAAAAGAGGUCGCUCUCCCUCCGACCUUGGAGGAACGUGCUAGAGCGUACUCAGCUCUCACCGACCAGCUCCUCGUAUCCACCUACUCCAACUCCUGGCGUCAAAUGUUCAAAUUUCGACCCCGAAUUCGGUUCAAUGGCUGCUACAUCUCCACCGUGAACUACACUCGUGCUGGAGCGAAUGUUGGCAAUACACUAACAUGGGGAGCUCCAGUCCACGUAGUAACCUACUUUCGCUAUCUCCGCUUUCUCCGUGACGGCUCCUGCAUUUCUCUCCUCACAAUUUCGGAACCGGCAGAUGUUGUCCAUCACUUGAUACCAGAAAACAUCCACAGCCACCACGGGAACGUGCAAUACGUCCCUUCCGCAGUCAUGAAAGACGCCCUUCGAGGCCGAUGGCGCCUCUCCGGGCCUGCUUCCAGCACCGUCGACCCUGUAACUGGAGAGGAUGAAGUCGAAGGUGACGUGUUGGUGGAAACAGAGGGUGCGGUGUCCAAGUAUACCUACAAGAUGUAUCUAGGACUUGCACAUGCGGGGAAAGCUGCGAGAAACAACAAAUUGGCGUGGAAGGGCUUUUGGAGCUACAAUAAAUUGACUGACGAUUGGGGGAAAUUCGAGUUGAGGAAUGAUAAGGCGUUUUACUGGUCAAGAGUGAAGAGUUAUGGGAAUGGGUUGUGAUGUGAUUUCCCUGGCAGGCGCGCGCAGUGCAGUUUAGAUGCGGGCAAAGAGGUAUAGGUAGAAUAGACGAAGGGCUACAUCCGUC